CAGGUAGAAUUGGCUUUGUGGGACACAGCUGGGCAGGAAGACUAUGACCGCCUGAGGCCCCUCUCCUACCCAGACACCGAUGUUAUACUGAUGUGUUUCUCCAUCGACAGCCCUGAUAGUUUAGAAAACAUCCCAGAAAAAUGGACCCCAGAAGUCAAGCAUUUCUGCCCCAAUGUGCCCAUCAUCCUGGUUGGGAACAAGAAGGAUCUUCGGAAUGAUGAGCACACAAGGCGGGAGCUAGCCAAGAUGAAGCAGGAGCCUGUAAAACCUGAAGAAGGAAGAGAUAUGGCAAACAGGAUUGGUGCUUUUGGGUACAUGGAGUGUUCAGCAAAGACCAAAGAUGGAGUGAGGGAGGUUUUUGAAAUGGCUACGAGAGCUGCUCUGCAAGCCAGACGUGGGAAGAAAAAAUCUGGGUGCCUUGUCUUGUGAAAUCUUGCUGCAAGCACAGCCCUUAAGCGGUUAAUUUUGAAGUGCUGUUUAUUAAUCUUAGUGUAUGAUUACUGGCCUUUUUCAUUUAUCUAUAAUUUACCUAAGAUUACAAAUCAAAAGUCAUCUUGCUACCAGUAUUUAGAAGCCAACCAUGAUUAUUAAUGAUGUCCAACUCGUCUGGCCCACCAGGGUCCUUCUGACACUGCUCUAACACCCCUCUUCUGCACUCCCACCUGACACACCAGGCGCUAAUUCAAGGAAUUUCUUAAUAACUUCUUGCUUCUUUCUAGAAAGAGAAACAGUUGGUAACUUUUGUGAAUUAGGCUGUAACUACUUUAUAACUAACAUGUUCUGCCUAUCAUCUGUCAGCUGCAAGGUACUCUGCACCACUUCAGAGCUUUACUCCUGAAUAGAUCUCAUUGGCAUAGCUCUGGGGUGGACAUCCAGUUUUUUGAAAAUGUGCUCAGCAGCCAGAAAGGCCCAGAUCCAUGCAGCUAUGGCAGAGUUACAGUUCUGUGGUUUCAUGUUAGUUACCUUAUAGUUACUGUGUAAUUAGUGCCACUUAAUGUAUGUUACCAAAAAUAAAUAUAUCUACCCCCAGACUAGAUGUAGUAUUUUUUGUAUAAUUGGAUUUCCUAAUACUGAUAUUUGUCAUCCCUGAAGAAAGUGUAUUGGUUUUUUUUAAAAAAAAAAAAGAAAGUGUAUUUGGAAAUAAAGUUAGAUGGAAAAUUGAUUUUUAAAAUUCCCGUUUUGUCACUUUCUCUGAUAAAAGAUGGCCGUAUCACCCCUGUUCAGUCCCACAUGUCCCGGUAUCCCUCUCCAGAGCUGGGCUAAUAGGAAUUGGUUUCACACUUGAGGCAGUUAGACACUUUGGAAGGUGGCAUAACCUGUCUCACCUGGACUGUAGCAUCUGGCUCUAAUUCACAGUACACCUUUCUCCUCAGUGUAUGCAGGUUCCAUCCCAGAGGAGCCACCUGUUCUCAUGUGUGGCACUCAGUUUCUCUCUUCUCUCCAGCUGACUGAACUUUUUUCUGUACCAGUUAAUUUUUCCAACUAAUAGAAUAAAGGCAGUUUUCUAAA